UAUUUUUUAAAGUGUCGAGUGGUAAGUUGAGCGUGAAAUUUUUCUUUCACUCCUUACCUUUAAUGAGCUUCUUCUUAAUUCGGGUUCAUUCAUUAAUUUAUGACUUAAGUACAAACUCGACUGCUGAGUAAAAAGCCUUCGGAGACUGCUAGUCACGUGACUAGUGCGCGGGAAAUGCACGAGCUCUGGCGGACAGUAAAUGCAUUCGCUGCUCCAGACCUUCGCUACACAUAAUGGAGAAUGUGCUACAAUGCAUUGUUAUCACAUUGACUUUCAUUUAUCAAAUUCAAGCAUUCUUCGGAUUGACAUCCAAGACGAUCCUCCCGGAUUUAUCAAAUUGCGCAUUACAAAAUAGCAAUACUAGUCGCUUUUGCGACAUUUUGGUGGCUCAUAGGAAACUGUACAACUUUUAUCAGAAAGAAAAAGCAUUGGCGGAUACUUUAAUAAAUUCCAUUCAGUUAAGUGCAUUGGAAUGCGAAAGACAAUUCGAGUAUCAUCGUUGGAAUUGCAGCAUCGAUUCUGUUAGAAUAAAUUUACUUAAAGAAGCUUAUCCAGAAACGGCAUUUUUAUAUUCCAUCACGUCUGCUAGCUUAGUUCAUACCGUUGCUCGUGGUUGUAGUAGUGGCAAGUUAAGGCAUUGUACGUGUGACGAAGAUACUUUCAACGCUACAGAAAAUAAAAAAACUUGGUUAUGGGGAGGAUGCGGCGAUAAUGUGAAGUUUGGAGCUAGAUUUACUCGUAAGUUUCUAUUAACUCGAUGGAAACACGCCAAAGAUCUAAGAGCACUUAUCGAAAGGCACAACAGUGAAGUUGGAAUAAAGCAGGUGGUGCGUAGGAAUGUUUUAAAAGUAUGCAAAUGUCAUGGAGUAUCGGGCUCGUGUACUGUAAGGACAUGUUGGAAACAGCUUUCGCCAUUUAAUAUCAUCGGUUCUAUUUUAAGACGUAAAUAUUUGAAAUCAACAAAAGCUAAUGUCGGAAACGAUGCUGCAAUUGGAAGGAGUAAGUUGAAACGUCAACGUCAAAGGCACAAGAUGGAGAAGUGGAGACUGAGAAAGAGAAAAGAAGAAGCUUAUAAGAAACUUGGGAUAUUUGAUCGUUCUGUUCUUCUAUAUUUGUCAGAAUCUCCAAACUUUUGUAAUUCUGAUGAUUCUUGGCCAGGAACUAAAGAUCGAAGAUGUCGACGUGGAAUCAAUUGCGACACUUUAUGUUGUGGUCGUGGUUAUAAUUCUCGUGUUGUUGUGUCCAAUGUUUCGUGUAAAUGUCGCGUUGUUUGGUGUUGUACCGUUCAUUGUCAUCUGUGUCAAGAAAAAAAAGAUGUCUUUACCUGUAAAUGAAUAAUGAUUUUUUUAGUAUAAUGU